CUCGCUCUGCGCUCGCUCCCUCUCCGCGCGUUCAAACAUGGCGAAACUCUUUGCCAUUAUACCACCGCCACCACCCCCCUCAUCCAUACCACUCUCUUGUUCACCUCUUCUUCCAACCUCACCAUCCACGUUGUGCCGCCCGGAUGCGUGAUGACCCGGAAGGAUGGAGAAGUUGUCCGCGAGCCUGUCGGAGAUCACUUGGAGCCCCUUGGCGCUGCCUCUGGACGCGGUGGUCAGCAAGUUCCGCCUGCCCACUCUGGUCCGCCUGGCGCACGGUGAAUGUGUGGAGGGCCUAGCAGAGGAGGACCUGGUUCUUCUUCACUCCUGUCGACAGUGGACCACAGUAACCGCCCACAGCCUGGAGGAGGGACACUAUGUCAUUGGACCCAAGAUCGACAUACCCCUCCAGUACCAGGGGAAGUUCAAGCUGCUGGAUGAGGACCGUGAUGUGAGAGACCCGGUGCAAUACUUCUCUAGUGUGGAGGAAGUGGCUGGAGCCUUCCCCGACCGAGUCUUUGUCAUGGAACCCAUCACAUUCAGCGUCAAGGUUGUGUCUGAGGAGUUCAGUGACGAAAGUGAGCAGUACAGCUUCAGCCUGCAGGCCGGAGACGAGCUGUCACUCAUGGGGAAGGCGGAGCUUCUGUGUGCCACACCCUCCAAGGACAAGACAGGCCUGAGUGCACUGCUGAGACGCCUGGGAAAGACUCCAAGGAGUAAAACUCCCUGCCUGGUCUGCAUGAAUCACCGCACCAACCAGAGUGUGAGCCUGCCCUUCGCCUGUCGAGGGCGCUUUUGCACACGUUCCCCUCUGGAGCAAGGCAUGCUGGGAGGAGAACACACUGUGCGGAGCAUCAUAGAGCGGGUCCGCCUCCCUGUCAACGUCUCUGUGCCCACUCGCCCGCCCCGGAACCCUUACGACCGGCACGCAGUGAGAGAGGGCCACCGCUACAAGCUACUCAACAUCGUUAGCAAGACUGUGGUACUGUGCUUGGUCCUCCGCAGACAGGAAGUAUCUCCGUCCCACUUCCUGUUACUGCGGUGUAUGCCUAGAUUUAACGUAGCAGAGGCAUCUGUCCACACGGCGGCGCUGGAGAGCCUACUUUUACGGCACACAUUUGACCCAGAUGCGUAUUCCCGGGCUGUCAGGGAGACCCGGCCGGAGCUGGAGUGUAUGACGGAGGAGUGCACUAGCCCGCGACGUUCCCGGGUGUGUGUGGGACAGGACACGCUCGCUCCUGCCCUACAACGCUUAUCCAUGUGCGGCUAUGUGGGUGGGGUCUCCGACGGCCUAUCACAGCGCUGCAGGGACUCUGUGGGGGAGGGGCCAGGUGAGGAAAGGGAAUACAUGACUCCUGAGUGGACAGACACAGACAUGCGGACCAAUGAGGAAAUUCCGUAUGAAGAACUCUGGACCAAUCAGAACACAGAGAGUUUGGGGAAGGAGCCUAAUAUUAUUUCGAUUCACUCGUCCUCCUCUAUGGAUGGGUCACUGGGUACUGUUGUAACCAGAGUGUCCACCCCGCCACCUGUACCUCCCAAAUCAGAUGCGGUCAGAGAGGAGUGUCGCUACCUGAUAGCUCCUCCUGUCCCUCCUCGUUGUUCUAAAGGAGGGUCCAUAUCCAGUCCUGCCCCGAGUCCACCGGUUCCCCCACGCUUCCCCAAAAACUCCACAUCUCCAAGGCCAAACUUGUCCUUCUACUCCUCUGGACUACAAGAAAGCUGCCCGUCCCCGGAUUCUUCCCUGUACUGUUACCCCUGCUCUUGGGGAGACUGUCCUGCUCCAAACCCCACCAGUCCUGAACCAACACCUGCUCCACCCACAGAUAGCACAGCCAAUCCACAGCCAGCGCAAGCAACGUGGGCCGAGCCAUGGGCAGAGACGUUCUCUGGGCCCCGUCUAAGACCGCCUCCCCCUCAGAGUCGCUUUGCUCCCUUCGGGGCACUGAACCCCUUUAACCGUCAGUCGCCCUGCCCCUCCCCAGAGCCCAGCCCGCCCUCAGAGUCGACCAGGGGGGCAGAGGGUGGUGGGACCUGGAGCCCACCUCAGGACCUUUCUGCACUCUCACUGGAGGAAGUGUCUGCCUGUCUGCGCUUCAUUGGCCUAUCCGAGGCAGCAGUGGCGGUGUUUCAGAGAGAGAGGAUCGACGGGCGGCUCCUGGUGCAGCUGACAGAGGACAUCCUGUCACAUGACUUCCACCUGAGCCGUCUACACGUCACUAAAAUCAUACAGUUUAUCCAGGGCUGGAGACCCAAGAUCUGAGCCCAGGCAGACAGGGCCUUCAAACCUACAUA